GAAUUGAAUGGGGUUAUGAACGAUCAUUAGUAAUAGGUUGCAAUGUCUACUCCUUGUCAAGGGACUAAACGUGGAAGAGCUACUAAUACUAUGCAUAAAUUUUUCAAAACUAUUGAAGCAGCAACUAGUAAUGUGCUGUUUUCGUCUCCAUCAUCUGCUAGAAAUCAUGAAGUUCCAGUUGUAAAUUGUGAACCUGAAGAAGUUGAGGGUACUCGAAGAACUGUUGAAGUUGAGGGUACUCGAAGAACUGAUUUUGAAGAAGUUGAGGGUACUCAAAGAACUGAUGGAGUUGAGGGUAUUCAAAGAACUGAUUUUGAAGAAGUUGAGGGUACUCGAAGAACUGAUCUUGAAGAAUUGGAUACUCGAAUCGUACCUGAAGUUGCCGAUAGUGCGUAUGUUACUUCUUUAGAACGGGAUCCUGGAUUACGUAUACCGAUAAUGCAGCAUACGGCUAACAAACGUGAUGAAGUUCGCCGAGCUUAUCUACAAAUGGGGCGUAUUAGAAUAAAACUUUCUAAGUAUCCAGGUACUCCAAUGGGAAUCCAAGAUCGUCGAUUUUCUGCGAAGUGGUUUGGUGAAUUUCAUUGGUUAGAAUAUUCUAAAGCUAAAGAUGAUGUGUUCUGUUUCUAUUGCUAUUUAUUUGAGAAAAAUCCACCAAGAAGACCAGAGUACACUUUUGAAGGAGUUAGAAAUUGGCAUAACGUUAAAAAUGGAGCUAAAUGUGCAUUUUUGGCACACAUGGGAAGUAGCAAUUCUGUACACUUCACAUCUGUAGAAGCAGGUGAGAAUUUAAAGAAUCCACAGCAACAUAUUUCCACUACUUUCCGUACACAGUCGAUAGAGAUUAUACGGAGAAACAGGUUAAGAUUCACAAUAUCGGUUCAAUGUGCCCUGUGGUUAGCUUUUCAACAGUGUCCAUUUAGAGGACACGACGAGUCGAAAAAUUCAAAGAACCGUGGUAAUUUUCUUGAGAUGGUUAGAUUUUCCGCCACACUCAAUGACAAGGUGAAAGAGGUUGUCCUAGAAAAUGCUCCCAAAAAUUCUACUUAUACUUCGCCUGCUAUUCAAAAAUAGAUUUUGAAUAUUAUUUCUAACGAAAUCAGAGACAAGAUUCGAAAAGAAAUUGGAGAUAGGAAAUAUUGCAUACUUGUGGAUGAAUCUAAAGAUGCUUCAGAUAAAGAGCAGAUGGUGCUAGUUUUGAGGUAUGUGGAUAGUGAUGGGUAUGUUCAAGAACGUUUUUUCGAUAUUCAACGUGUGAAAAACACUUGUGAUGUAACUCUCAAAAAAGGAUCUUUCCAAGAUGCUCAAGAAGAUGAUAUUAACCAAAGGUUGGCUAAUGGUGAUCUUGAGACAGGUAGAGGGGCUAAUCAAAUAGGUACUUUUCCAAGGUAUCGACAUCCCUGAUAUGACUGCACCUUAUAUGCAAGGUACAGAUCGUUCUUG